UUCAGUUUCAUUCACGGCUUACGCAUCGACUUGACUUUCUUUCGGGAAAUCAGAAAUGUUCAAAGAAAAUCUCGUGUUAUUGAAAAUAUGACUCACAUAUCAAAUUUCGCGGUAGAUAUUACAUGUAUUGGACGUGAUAACAGAAGAUAAAAGUAGUAUUUUUUGCUGAUAAUACAGUAUUUAUUAUUGUCAAAGGUGUUAUGGAAAGUCUUAGUCAUGAAAUGCUUUUUUGUGAUUAUUGUUGUGUGUGUCUCGCUAAGUGAAAGUGUAUCUUUAAAUCCAGAAAGGGCAGAUUCCUCGAUUGUUUCUAAGGGAAACGCGACAUCAGAGCAGAAAGUAUGGAACAUAAAACUUGACAUAUAUUUUUCAAAAACACUUCCGAGCUUGAUAAAAAAGGUCCACGGGGAGGACAUGCGGCUGCGAUGCGAGGCGGCUAUGAACUUCACUCGCGUGGAGAAAACCACCAAGAACAAGGAAGGCGUGGAGACGUCGCAAGCAGAAGUACCGCCCGACCAUAUCCUGCAGACGCUCAUGAAAAACGUCAAAAUGUACUGGCUUAAAGAUACUAAAGUUAUCACCAACACUACUAGAUUAAAAAUUCUCAAUAGAAUGGACAAGAAAAACGGGACUUUAGGCACUCAUUUGAGGAUCAAAGACAUAGAUGACAGUGAUGAAGCCAACUACACCUGUGUCAUCAGGCAGAGUUACGAAAAGAAACAGACAACGACGCUAAAAGUACUAAAAGAUGAUGAAAAUGAUGAACUCCCGAAGUACACAUCAUUUCUACCUAGUGCAGAAGUAAACAACCAACUGGAGAUGCUUAUUAAAACAACCCCCGAUGUACUGUCUGAGGACAUCCGUUCACAGCAUGCAAGUGUCACUCCAGCCCCAAACACCACCAUCACCAGGAAACUGGAGCCAAUCUGUCAAGAGUAUGUAGGCAAUGUGUGCGCCGCACACCUCAAGGGUCAUUUUGUGUACAUUCCUUACAACACAACUCAGCUGGCAGUAGAGGACAAGCUGUUGAAAGCCCUGCAAGUCACAAAGUACUCAAAUGACAUUAGUUCCAACUGUGAGGGCUUUGCCUUGCCUAGUUUGUGUUAUUCAACAUUCCCUAUUUGCCGGAAUCCAAUUAUUACAAAUGAAAACUUCUUUAGAGAAGCCAAAGAAGUAUUUACACAACCUGAUACAGCUAACAAAGCUCAAGAUACCCCAUGGGUGGUCUUUGAUAACUCACCUGUAGGGCUCAUACCACAGUUCAACAGGAAUCUUACGGCACAGUCAUUUGAUUAUCGUUACAAUUCCACAGUAUUAAAGCGCGUCUGCAAACAGGAUUGUGAAAUAUUAGAGAAUGAGUUGUGUCAGACUGAGUAUGCUAUAGCCAAAAGACAUCCACAUAUUGGUCAGCAGCUCACCUUGGAAGAAUGCCAGAGCUUGCCAGAAAAUGACUCGGAAUGCCUCAAAAUUGGUAUUGGUGACCUUAUGGUGUCAGAUGAUGAAUGCUAUUGGGAGUAUGGCCAGGGCUAUCUAGGAAAGGUGAAUACAGCUGGUAACGGUAUGGCAUGCAUAGAAUGGUCCAAACAACUUAGGAUUAAGAUUUCAGAUUAUCCAGAACUGACUGGUUUGCACAGUUACUGUCGAAAUCCAGGAGGAAAGGAGCAUCAGCCCUGGUGCAUGGUGGACAACGAGGGGAGACUAGAGGUACAACACUGCGACAUUCCCAAAUGUGCAUUAAAAAUUUGGAUAUACAUUGUUGUAAUAUUUCUCUUGUUAACCUUAUCAAUCGUGAGCUUCAUUAUUUGCUUAUGUUACAAAAAUAAAAGCAAAAACAAUGCAGCCGCCAUAAGGGACAUCAAUUUGCCAAAUGCUGACAAGAAUAUUUAUGGCAAUUCUAGAUUAAAUUCUCCAAUAGAGAUGAGUGAAUUGUUGACAAAUCAGAAUAUUGCCAAUCAACCGCACCUAACCAGGAACACGAGGGGUAAUGGUAUUCUGAGGAUACCUCAGUAUUCUCUAUCACAAAUUAAAUUUUUAGAAGAAUUAGGAGAGGGGGCAUUUGGAAAAGUCUACAAAGGAGCCCUCAAGAAGAACGGUGAAACACAUUAUGUCGCUGUUAAAGCUCUAAAGGAAAAUGCUUCUGCUAAAACUCAAGCUGAUUUCAGAAGAGAAAUAGACUUAAUUUCAGAACUGACUCAUGAGAAUAUAGUAUGCAUAGUGGGAGUAGCUCUCAGUGAGGAGCCUCUGUGCAUGCUUUUUGAGUUUAUGGCUCGAGGGGAUCUGCACGAGUUCCUCAUGGGACGAGCACCUCCUUCAGGCAAAGGCCUGCCCCCCUUGAGGCUCCUUAGUAUUGCUUACAACAUUGCUUCCGGAAUGCAGUACUUGGCGUCCCAUCAUUAUGUCCACAGAGACUUGGCAGCAAGAAACUGCUUGGUGUCAGACGAUUUUGUGGUCAAGAUAUCUGACUUUGGGUUAUCAAGAGAUAUCUAUAGUUCAGAUUAUUACAGAGUGCAAUCAAAAAGUUUACUCCCAGUGAGAUGGAUGCCCCCUGAAUCCAUUCUCUACGGGAAAUUCACUACAGAGAGUGAUAUCUGGUCCUAUGGAGUUGUACUAUGGGAAAUUUACAGUUAUGGAUUACAGCCCUACUAUGGGUACAGCAACCAAGAGGUGAUAGCGAUGGUUCGCGGCGGCGAGCUGCUGGCAGCCCCUGCCGCGUGUCCCGCGCCAAUGUAUGCCCUCAUGCGCGAUUGCUGGAGGCACAUGCCCCAGCGGAGACCCAACUUCGAGGAGAUAGUAGUCAGGAUACAAGGCUGGAUAACAACGGGCGGCUGCCCCGAAACAGCCGCAUCCGAGUCCGGCAGCAGCGAGUGCGGCCACCGCGGCUCCGCUCGCGAGCUCCAGGAGCGCGCCCCCCUCCUCCCGCCCCACUCCGCCUCUAACGGCUCCCUCCCAACAGGGAGCCUCAAAAAGAUAAGUGUAGCCGGCUCUAGCUCGCGAGUCGACGAAACCUGUUCCACUUGCAGCGAGGGCCCCCCGCUGGCCCCCAAGAAGAAACACAGCUCCGGAUCUCUCAUAGAUGACCGCGGGACGAAGGAUACCGUCGUCAGGAUACAGAAUACUCAGUACGGUAAUGAGAUAUAGUUC